AUGACGACCUUUAUGCGCCUGAAGAUCCCAUUCCAGGCCCGAUCCCCAAUUACAGCUCUCUCCGCAGCACGUACUCAAACACCCCGCAACUCCCUAUACCGAGGCUACGCGACCAAAUCCUCAAAUGACCCCGAGCAAGCAACAACCACAACCCACCAAGACUCAACCCACCAAGACUCGCCCAUUCGCCCAAUCCCGUCCAAUAAAGCAAAGCCCACCCUCAACGAGGGAGAGCAGUCGCCUCUUACAGACCGAGAGGGGAACCCGAAAAAGGAUCUUCCCGAGGAUGUGAAGAAGCACAAUCAGGAGAUGGAGGAGCGGUAUGAUAAGCCGUAUAACUCUACUGGUGACGACGGCACGAUUAAACCUGGUUUCAAGAACUAG